AUGGUGAGCUUGAGGAGGUCUCAGUCCUUGAAGAACCUUUCUGAGGUUCAGGAGAGGUCAUGGGUCAUGCCAGCUCCCACUCGCUGGGACCGAAAGUCUGUGUCUCAGCUGGUGAAACAUUACCAAAGCUCUGAUGACCUAAGGGGUUCUGAAAAGGCAGAGCAUAAACUCCAGGUGCCAGAAAACUCUGCAGAGGAUCGAUGGAGGAGGCUGGAGAACAGGGAGAACAUGGCACUGCGAGGAUCUUUAAGAAGCUUUGGACUGUCGAGGAGUCGCUCCAUGGACUUCCUGCCACAGAAGGAGGCAUCAGGCACCAGAGCUCUGUGUGCCCUAUUUGAGUCCAAGGCCACCCUGCGGAAGGGCUAUGACAGCAGCCUUCGACUCAACUCCAUGUCUGCUCCAAGCAAAAAGACAGGAAGAGACUGCCCUCUACAGGACAGGAGAAGUCAUACCACUCCUUUAAAGGAAACGAGCAUUCAGAGAACUGCCCAGCUGGACAGAGGAAAGACCAUGAAUGGGCUCCCUGAGUCUUAUGACAGACUGCCCAGAUACUCACACGAUGACAAAUAUAGUCCAUCACUGACUAAGGGGGGCACCCCAACAAGACAAGCGAGAGACAGGAUAUCUACUUCCUCCUCCAUUAGAGACAGAUCAGCUCUCUAUCUGUCAAGAGCAGCAGCUUUCGACUCCACAGGAGGCUCAACACAUCCAGAAUUCUUUGGUACUCCAGGAACGAGGUCUAAAAAUAGUAAGAUGGCUGACGCAGCCAGGAAAAUCACAGUUACACACUCAUCUCAUGAUGAAGACGACCUACCUCUCCCCCCACCUCCUCCAGUGCCACCUAGACCCCUUGACUAUGAAGGGCCCUCAGCAUUAAGUAACCUCCCUAUGCCUCCACCUAAAGAAACCUUUUCAACCUUCUACCAGCAACGGCAGAAGAGUGAGCUCAAGAGGCUCUUUAAACACAUCCACCCAGACCUUCGUGAAAGUCUUGAUGAUGCUAUGGAUGAUGAGAUAAUGAAGGCAGUGCAGUCAGAAAACACCCAGGCAGUGGAUGCAGCUCAUCAGUGUGAAGUGCAAUCAAUGAGGUGGAUCUUUGAGAACUGGACUCUGGACAAUAUUGGGGAUCCUCAUUCAACCAAAAAGCUCCUGGAUGAGGAGGACUUAACUGGUGGAGAUGUCAGAGGCACCUCCUCCAUGUUUGAGCACAUUGACAGCACGCAAAUUUCAGGGGCUAAAAGACAGACUUCAGUCUUAGGGGAUGUGAGAACAUCAACAUGGCUGUUUGAGACCCAGCCAUUGGAUUCCUUAAAUAAAUCACAAAGAGAAGAAGGUGAACUGGUCGAGGCAGUCCUGAAAGAGCCCAUCCAGCCAGGAGAUGUGAGUGGGACUCGGCUGCUUUUUGAGUCUAAAACACUGAGCGACUUGGGACGCUGCAAUUCCAUAGAAGACUAUGACUUCCUUAAACUGAAGUCUGAGCUUCAGGAACAGAAAGGAGAUGUCCAGAAGACUGUGAAACUCUUUCAGGCAGAACCUUGCUGUGCCAUCAGAGACAAAAGCGGCAAUAUCCAUGAGAUUAAAUCCAUCUGUAGGGAGGAGAUCAACAGCGGCAACACCAGCACUGCCCGUUGGCUUUUUGAAACCCAGCCUUUGGACCUGAUUAAUAAGGGAACUGAUGGAGUGAAAAUAAUCCGGGGUAUAUCUUUGGAAGAGGGGCAUGGAGGAGGAGUUGACCGAAAGAGGUGGAUGUUUGAAACUCAGUCUCUUGACACAAUACAAGAGGGUGAGGGAGUGGUCAAGUUUGAAGGAACAGCGGCUGACUGCACAGGAGAGGCUGAUGUAGUCAACAAGAAGAAGCUCUUUGAAAUGCAACCCCUGGCAGCACUGAAAGGAAACUCUGAGGAAAAGACUUUGGAAAAGGAAGAAAUAAUUGGGGGGGAUGUCAAGACUUCUAUGUGGCUGUUUGAAACUCAACCCAUGGAGACACUUUAUGACAGCUAUGAAGUUGGGCGUCUGAAGAAAAUUACCCUCUCAGCUGAUGAACAAGGAGCUGUAAAAGGCAAAAAAGAAAUGUUUGAGAGCUGCAGUGUUCAAAAGAGCACCUCAUUCAAAGAACAAGAGAUUGAAAAGGGCGAUGUUAAGGGAUUCAAACAUCUUUUUGAAACAAUUCCUCUCGGUAAAAUUGCCCAUUCUGAUGAGGACAUUCAUGAGAAGGAAAAUGACAUCUCAGCAGGAAAUGUAAAAGGCAACAAAGCUUUGUUUGAGGCUACUCCCUUAUAUGCAAUAAAAGACAGCUCUGGAAAUUUCCAUAAAGUCACAACAGUCAGCCGAGAGGAAUUCAUCAAAGGAAAGGUUCAAAACUAUAAGUGGAUGUUCGAGACCAAGCCUUUAGAACAGGUUGCAGAGGGAAAGGGAAAUGUUGAGGUAAUCAAAGGCAUCACCAGGCAGGAGGAUACUGUAGGCGAUGUCAAGAUGGCAAAGUGGCUUUUUGAAACUCAGACAAUAGAUGGGAUCCAUUCCAAAUUCAACCAAACAGAGCCAAGCACUUCUGUAGAAGAGGAGUCUCGUAAAGGUGAUGUCAAGACCUGUAAAUGGUUAUUUGAGACACAACCAAUGGACAUUUUGUAUGACAAAUCAGAAAAAGUGAAUGAUAAAGAAGCCAUUGACAAUACCAACGUCAAGUCCAUUACUUGGCUUUUUGAAUCACAGCCUCUAGACACCAUCAAAGAUGGGGAAGAGUACAACUUGAAGCUCUGCAGCACCAUACAGGAUUCUUUCAAAUCAGAGGUUGGUGUUCAAACAGUCAAGCAUCUUUUUGAAACGGAAACCUUGGACAGAAUAAGGAAGGAUGCAAACUUAGAACAAGAUGUGAGAUGUGUCAGCCAAGUUAACUUUCAGUCAGGAGAUGUCUCACGAGUCAAAGAACUUUUUGAAUCCCAGUCCCUUGAUGAAAUCGGAUCAGAAAUGAUGACAGCAUCUGAUGAACAGAAUCAAGGUGAACACAUCGAGAAAGGAUCCGUACAUAAAUUCACUUGGUUGUUUGAGAACUGUUCCAUGAAUAAGAUUAACAAGGACAACGUUGAUGCAAACACUGAGAGAGUCAGUGAUGUUGAGAGUGGUGAUGUACAAAACAAGAAGUUCAUAUUUGAAACUUCCUCAUUAGACAAAAUUCAUGACCAACCGAUUGAAGAGAAGUCAGUCUGUGUGGAAGAACCUGUGAUUGAUGUUGAUGUGAAGUCAAGCACCAUGAUGUUUGAGUCCCUGCCAUUGUAUGCCAUCAAGGACAAAGAGGGGCAGUUUCAUGAAGUGACAACUGUGAAAAAAGAGGAGGUAAUGAGUGGUGAUGUGAGAGGAGCAAGGUGGAUGUUUGAGACAAAGCCUCUUGAUGCCAUCAAGGAAGAGAAUGAAGUUUAUGUGAUCCGAGCUGUCACUCAAGAGGAUGUCAAGAAAGGAGAUGUCAAAUCAGCCAGAUGGAAGUUUGAGACGCAGCCUUUGGACUCCCUUACCAGUCUAGAGGAGCCUUCUGUCAGGGUCAUUGAAGACUUUGGAAGCAGUAAUGUGCAGCUCAAUAAAAAGAUAUUUGAAUCUGAGCAGUCAUGCCAGAAGUUUGUGAGAAUGGUUAGUGUCACUGAUGUCCAGCAGGGUGAUGUCAGGACCUCCACCUGGCUCUUUGAGAAUCAACCCUUUGACAGUCUCAGAGGGGAACCUCAAGAGCAAAGUCCAGUAAAAACAGUCCACAGGGAAGACAGCCAGACAGGAGAUGUGAAACGCUGCACUUGGCUGUUUGAAUCACAUCCACUGGACAAGAUCAAGGAGCCUGAAGAUACCUCAGUGCAAGGUGUUCAGGAAGAGAUACCAAAAGCUGAUGUGAAGUGCACUACCUGGCUCUUUGAGACCACACCACUGGACAAAAUCACUGCCACUAGUGUUGUUGACACCCUGUCAUACCUAUAUCAAAUGACUUUUGUUCACUCAAGUGGCAUCAUAAUAGAAGCAAAUGAUAGUAAGAAUGUGAGCAUGGCAAAAUAUCAGCUUGAAAGUAACAAAUGUGUGCAGAUCCAGAAAGAGGAGGUUGUGGAGGGCAACAUCAGGAACAUCAUGUUACAACUCUUACUCAAACCAACCCCAAAGACUCAAGUUACUCUUCUCAGAGAAGCAGAGAAGGGUAAAGUGAACACCACAGUCAUAGAACUUCCAGUUUGCCAGUCUGACUCAACUAUCAACCUCGAGAGGGAUCAAAGAAUACAAAACAUUGUCCAGACGAUCGAUGAAUUCCUUGUUCAAGAUAAUGAUUUGAAGAAAGGAAUCAUGAUGCAAGAGACUGCCGAUGGACAAGCAGAGAUGUCAGUUUAUUCACUCAUCUGUCAUUGUGAAACCAAAAUCGAGAGUCACGUUAUAGAAAAAGGAGAUGUAAAAUCUACUAUUGGAAACCUGUUAGCUACUGCCAACAGUCAGAGAACUGCAGCAUCAUGUAGAGUGGAUGAAAAUGAAAAGGGAAAUGUGAACUUGUACAAAAGUUGCAUUGAGAAAGGAGAUCUUCACUACCUGAAAAGUCUUCAGGCUGAGGCAUUAGGAGAUGAAGUUGAUCACAACCUUUUGGCUAAGGAGAAUAUUGAAAUAGUGCAGGGUGAUGUGAGGGAAGCAAAGAGAAGCCUCUGUCAGCAAAAAGAGCAGAUAGAGCGAACCAUUUCUGAUGUUUUGCCAGGGGAUGUAAAGAACACCAAAAGAGUUUUUUCAUCAGAUUGCCCUCUCAGUGUUGAAAAUAUUAUUCCAAAGGAAGAAAUAAUCCCUGGGGAUAUCUCAUCAGCAAAGCAACAACUUGCAGUGAAGCAACCAAUCAUGGUAGAAAAAGAGGAAGUUGUGGCUGGCGACAUCAAGGCAACAAUGCAGUCACUAGAACGUGCAAAACAACAGAGCAUGUGUGUGGAGCGGGAGAUCAUCACACCUGGAACUAUCUAUGAAAUGGACUUGUCAGCAAAAGGUCCUGAAACAGAAGGAAGCCAAGCACAAAAAGAAAUGAUCAUAUCAGGAGAUGUGAAAGCAGCUAAAAAGUCCCUUGAAAUGGCUAAGCAGCAAAGUAUGCAUGUGGAGCGGGAAGUCUUUGUUCCUGGAAAAAUAUACAACCUGAAUGUCUCAGCACAAGAGGAAAGCUCCUCAGCAGUGACCCAAUCUUCGUCUUCCUCCAGAUGCCAGCAAAUCAAGACUUGUCCAAAGGUCAGUGGUGCAGUGAAAGAUCAGGAAAGCCAUGUUUCGUUUCAGGCUUGCCAACAGGGUGAAAUAUCAAGAAGUACAGCUUUAGUCAGUAAUUGUGCACCAGACUCACUACUACCUUUUGUAAGUUUUGAGUGUAAUGGUCUGACAACAGAAGACGAGACAGAAGAUGUUGUUAGAGGAGAUGUCAAGGCAGCAAUUAAGUCUCUUCAGAGUGCAGCAACAGAGCAGAAGCUCCUAGAUAAAGAAAAUAUUGUAAGAGGUAAUGUGCAACUGGCUUUGGAAUCUCUUGAGAAGUCUAGUGUAAAUGUAUCCAAAGGAGACUUUAAAGCUGCUAUGAUAUACAGGAAUUCAGGGAAGGCUUGUUCAGGGAGGAGCAAGACUGUUCACAAGCAGUGUGUUGUGGUGUCUAUGCCUCCAUCUGACACAAAAUUGUCUCCUUCAAUUUCAGUAACCUGUGAAGGACAACCAUCCAUUACAACACAGAAUUCAACACCGAACCCUGUAGCAAAUGGAAACUCUAAAUCAUCCGGUUCUGAAGGUGUAACUCCCCCUCCUCUUCCUCAAAAGACAAGUGAGAAACUACAGGACCAGAAGCCAACUUUACCACCAAAACCACAAUGGACAAAAUCCGUAGUUGUGGAUGACCUGAAUAUUUCAUUACGCCCGGAAGACUCUUGCCCCAUCAAAGACAAUGUAAAAAGUGCAGGGAUUCCUCCAAAUGCAAAACAAAGCAAUCAGUUUCCUACAGUUAAACUACAAGAAAACACAACACAUAGCAAAAUCAAUAAAGACACCUCACAUGCAACAUACCACCAAAAAUGUUCCAGUGAAGCUGUGCAAGACUCAAAUCAAACAAAUGAAUGUCUAACACUAGCCUCAAAGCCUCAUGAAAUUAAGAAAAAGAACACAGCACCACCUACAGGAAACAAAUCAAACAGCCAAGUAAUGACAUCAAACAAUACUGAAUUGGAAAUGGAGAGAAAUGUAAUACAGAAAAUCAAUGCAGCUGAGGAGAUACAGAUGUGUAUGAAGAAUUAUGCAGAAGACCCUAAAUAUGAAAUGAACAUGAGCUUACAAGCUGCCCUAAAGAAUUUUGAAAGAAAGGACAGUGAGCCUCUGGAUAAAAUAGUUCCUUUGUUGUCCAAGAAGGUAAAAGUAACAAAUGAUAACACUGGAGACAAAAAACAGACUGACAAAACCGAAAAACAACACAGCAAGAUUGAUGAGCAAAUGCCAGACACCAACAAUACAGUUGAAGCAUGCCAUGUACGGCAAAAUGACCUCAAUGGAAACAAUGGAAAGCAACAAAAAUAUGAGGAUAAAGUUGUUUUAAGAAAGAAGAAAGUAAAGGAGACAGAGGAUGAGCGACGACAGAGGCUCUCUGUCCACAAAGAGGAGAUCAUGAAAGGAAAUGUGAAGGCGGCCAUGGAAAUCUUUGAAAAUUUAAGGAAACGAGAGGAACUUAAGGGAAUCCUGUCUCAGGUGCAAGAGAUGGAGGGAGAAACCAGUGAUGUAGAUGUAAGCUCCUUGAAGACAUUACAUGAGAAAGUCCCUGCUUGGAUAGCUACACCAAGUAGAAAUGCAAAGCAAAGUAAAACGGAGGAAAAGAAAGUUGAAGUAGAGACACAGGAUGAUGAUCUAGAAAGCAUAUCCUCGGUUGAGACUGCGUUUGAAGAUUUGGAAAAGGCAAGCAAGGAAAUAAUGAAUCUGAAGGAACAGACUUUAGCAAAGCUCCUUGAUAUUGAAGAGGCAAUUAAAAAAGCUCUGUACUCUGUCUCCAAUCUGAAAUCUGAGGCUGACAUCGCAGGCUUGUCAGGACUAUUUAAUGAGUCUUUAAAAUCUGAGCAAAACAUUCAACCUGCCAACAACAUCAGGAAAAUAAGUAUUGUGUCAAGCAAGGCGAAAUCAGGACAAAUCAAAGAUACGACAGACGGGAAUCUGCAGACAGUUUCAGAUUCAAGUCCUUCCAAACAAGAAGUGCCCAGACGAGUGCACAAUAAGCCACUUAUAAGACAGUCAUCUUCCCAGUCCUCUCCAUCGUUCAUCUCCAUUCACUCAGCCGCCAGAAAACCUGCUGAACAACCAAAAUCAACCAUGUCAACAUUUAAACCAAAAACUGAUGGUAAUUGUCAAAGUUGCCAUGAUGCAAACAGUGAUCUGGGACAAGAGUCUACUGCUGUUGAGUCUUCAAAAGAUGCUCACACCCCUGCACAGCGCAAGGUCAGUGUGCUUGAGGUGAAAACAGUUCCAGAACAACCUGCUGGAAUAAUUGGCACAAAGACUGUAAGUGAAACAUACGAAGAGACCGAUGGCUUUGGCAACGUAUUUGUUUCCUCUGUGACCUCAACAUUUGUCACAAAACAGUCUGACAGUGAGUCCUCUGCUCUGUUUGGAGUGGUUGGGAGUCCAGCCAGAUAUGAAGUUAUGGCAUCCCCAUUACUGCGAAGAUCUGGUCGCCCUUUUGAAGAUAAGGUGUUGGGCAACACCAAGGAGAAGGGGAAGGUGUUUGUAACAUUUAGCCAACCAAUGGAAAAGCAAUAAAUAAGCCACUUAUCAGACAGUGCUCUCCCCAGUCCUUAGGAAAGCAGUUAUUCCUUUUGUGUAUUUAUCACAUUAUGUUUUAAUGAAAAAGGUUUUGUUAAUCAUAAAACUGAUCCUCUGAAAUUAUGAAAAUGUUGACAUUUAAUUUAAGAAACAUUUGUCUUAUAGAUUUUAUACUGUAACCACUUGAUAAAGUGUUAAAUUCUGUUAUUGAAGCGAAGCUGUUGCUGAUAUUGUAUGUUCUGUCGCGUAAAAUUGUUAAAUAAAUGAGCUUA